AUGGCGCCUAGUAUUCCCAAGCCCGCCCACAAGGGCGCAUCCUCUGGAGGUGGAAAGGGUGCAGGCGGAAAAGGCUCCAAGCCCUUGGGAUCAGGCUCGCGCGUCAACAAGAAAAAUGCCCCCAAGCGUCCCCCGCCAACGGAAAUGAAGUCCAAGCCCCGCACCAUGCAAACGAACAUGCAGAAAAAGAAGAAGAGAGUAUACACCGAGAAGGAGCUGGAUUUGCCCGAGUUGAACGCCAUCACACCCGUCGGAGUUGUCAAGCCCAAGGGCAAGAAGAAGGGCAAGACCUUUGUCGACGACCAGGAGGGCAUGAUGACCAUCCUCGCCAUGGUUAACGCCGAAAAGGAAGGCCAAAUUGAGUCAAAGAUGAUGAAGGCCCGUCAAUUAGAAGAGAUUCGCGAAGCCAAGAGACAGGAGGCCGAGGCCCGCGUUUCAGAGAGGAAGAACAAGCUCGAGAAUGUCAAGGACUCAAUCCGGAACAAGAAGAAGGGCAAGAACGCCGAUAAGACGGAGUCCUCUACGAGUGUCGCGAAGUCGGCCAAGGGAAAGAAGAAGAGCGUUGCAUUUGCCUAA